AGACGGCGGCCGGGAGGCGGAAGUAGAGGUUGUUGUGGCUCGGCCAGCUGCGCGAGAGGGCUGUCGCUGCUGAGGCGGCGGCCGCGGCUCUGAGGCGGUGGCGGCGCUGCCGCCCGAGGGCCGCUCGGCCUCUGGGCUCGGCCCGCAGCCUUCCCUCAUCCCGCCGGGGCCCACGCCGACCAGCGCCUGCCCUAUGAGUGUGUCACUGGUGGUCAUCCGACUGGAGCUCGCGGGUCACUCGCCGGUCCCCGCCGACUUCGGCUUCAGCGCCGCCGCUGGGGAGAUGUCCGAUGAGGAGAUGAAAAAGAAGACACUGGCUUCAGCUGCCUCCUGUUUAGAAGGGAAGUCACCAGGAGAGAAAGCUGCAAUCAUCCACCAGCACCUUGGCCGUCGGGAAAUGACCGAUGUGAUCAUUGAGACCAUGAAGGCCAGCCCAGAUGAGUUGAGAGACACAAUGGAAGAAAAGAAGUCUUCAGCAGCUUCCCUGUCUGCACAGAAGAGCAGGAAGCAAAGCGAGUCGGUGAACACAGCCCCGGACUCCCCAUCCAAGCAGCUCCCAGACCAGAUCUCCUUCUUCAGUGGCAACCCUUCAGUUGAGAUCGUGCAUGGCAUCAUGCAUCUGUAUAAGACAAAUAAGAUGACCUCCUUAAAGGAAGAUGUGCCUCGCAGCGCCAUGCUGUGUGUCCUCACUGUCCCUGCCACCAUGACCAGUCACGACCUUAUGAAGUUUGUCGCCCCCUUCAAUGACGUGAUUGAACAAAUGAAAAUCAUCAGAGACUCUACUCCGAAUCAGUACAUGGUGCUGAUCAAGUUCAGUGCACAGGCUGAUGCAGAUAGCUUCUACAUGGCAUGCAACGGCCGCCAGUUCAACUCCAUCGAAGAUGACGUUUGCCAGCUGGUCUAUGUGGAAAGGGCUGAAGUGCUGAAAUCUGAAGAUGGCGCCAGCCUCCCUGUGAUGGACCUGACAGAGCUCCCCAAGUGCACUGUCUGUCUGGAGCGAAUGGAUGAGUCUGUGAAUGGCAUCCUCACCACCCUAUGCAACCACAGCUUCCAUAGCCAGUGUCUGCAGCGGUGGGAUGACACCACGUGUCCUGUUUGCCGAUAUUGUCAAACGCCAGAGCCAGUGGAAGAAAACAAGUGUUUUGAAUGUGGUGUCCAGGAAAACCUCUGGAUUUGUUUAAUAUGUGGCCACAUAGGAUGUGGACGGUAUGUAAGUCGACAUGCUUACAAGCACUUUGAGGAAACUCAGCACACGUAUGCCAUGCAGCUUACCAACCAUCGGGUCUGGGACUAUGCUGGAGAUAAUUAUGUCCAUCGCCUGGUUGCAAGCAAGACGGAUGGAAAGAUUGUUCAGUACGAGUGUGAGGGCGACACCUGCCAGGAAGAGAAGAUAGAUGCCUUACAGUUAGAGUAUUCAUACUUACUAACAAGCCAGCUGGAAUCACAGCGGAUAUACUGGGAAAACAAGAUUGUUCGCAUAGAGAAGGACACAGCGGAGGAGAUUAACAACAUGAAGACCAAGUUUAAAGAGACCAUCGAGAAGUGUGACAGCCUGGAGCUCAGGCUCAGUGACCUCCUGAAGGAGAAGCAGUCUGUGGAAAGAAAGUGCACUCAGCUGAACACAAGAGUGGCCAAACUCAGCACAGAGCUGCAGGAGGAGCAGGAGUUGAACAAGUGUCUCCGUGCCAACCAGCUGCUGCUGCAGAACAAGCUGAAGGAAGAGGAGAGGCUGUUGAAGGAAACCUGUGAUCAGAAGGACCUUCAGAUCACCGAGAUCCAGGAGCAGCUGCGUGAUGUCAUGUUCUACCUGGAAACACAGCAGCAGAUCAGCCACCUGCCUGCAGAGACUCGGCAAGAGAUCCAAGAAGGGCAGAUCAACAUCCCCUCGGCCCCCAACCCACCCUCUUCAGGGGCCGGUGGGAAGCUGCCGUCCAGGAAGGGCCGCAGCAAGAGGGGCAAGUGACCUUGAGAGACUUGUCCCUGAGACUUCCUGGGCACUGCAGGGUGUGCUGGGACCUUUGCAGAGUGGGAGGGUGGGCCCUAAUAAGUAUGCCUGAGGAUGAACAGCAGUCAUGUGGCCCCUUCAUUUGUUGUGUGUGAUGUGAGGAGACUGAAAGAGGCGUGGCAGCGCUUCCCCAGGUGGUGAGUCUCAGAGCUCAGACACCUGGUGGUCAUUCUGCCCUCCAGCUGGGUGGACCCCAAUGUUGUGUGUUCUUCCGUUGUAUUUAUUCAGUUGGAGCACUUGCGGUUGAAUUCUGGGGUAGGUUUAUGACAUUAUGUGACCUCAGAGGCAGCAUUACCUAGCACUAAAGCACAGUACCUCCCAGGGGCCCCAGCUGCCUUUCAGGAGAGAGACCUGCUGCCUACUGCAGAACAAUCAUCUCUCCUGCCAUCCCCCCCUUGCCCUGUGGAGUUGAAGAGCUGCUUGGAUGUCACAGAGGAAAGGCAAGAUUGUAAAGCAGGCACAGGCUUGUCCUCAGCAUCCAACUUGCCUGGCUUGAGGGCCAGAAAGACAAGGAACUGGGGCAGAUGGAGUAGACCCAGUGUAGGGCAGAUGGUGACAGCUCUAUUGAUGACUCUGUAAGAAAUGUGCCUGUCAAAUAGGAAAAGCCUUUCUGGCUCUGCUCAGCUGAGGUAACUGAGAAUAUCCUCCAUCUAGCAGGAGUCAGCAAGGGAGAGAAGCCCUGACAAGAUUAUGUGUUCUGCUGGGGUCGGUGGAUACUAACUGGUUACAGGUCGGGUGCAUGUUCAGGUCUCAGCUAGAGGGAGCGUGGGCAGAUUUUCAGUUUCGAUCUUAGGAUUUAAGAAAAGGCUGCUUCUCAUUCCAGAACCUGGCUGCAGAGUUCCUUCAGACAGCCAUAUCAUACUUACUGUGACCAAUAGAGGGGUAGUGUGCCUCUCUCUAGAGCCAGGAACAUCAGAUAACUAGUAGAAUAGUAAUUGAACAGAAUUGAGGGGAUACCAUGUUAGGAUUGAUUUAGUUUCUAGAAGAGCCUGGGCAGUUAGGAUAGCAGUGUGUAGUGCAUUUUAAUUUCCUGCUUUAUUAUCAGCCAAAGGUUUGAAGUGUCACACUUGAGGACUUUUGUUUUCUGAUUGGACCUCAUCCUUUGACCUGAACGCCUGAUGUAUCAUUUCACAACACUGCUUGUAUUGCUGAUCACUGUGCAGCUCUGUGGAAUGUGCUCUGGCAUUUCCCAAAACCCCACCUGUAACUGCAGAACGAGUGUACUCAGACCCAUGUGAUUCUUCCUGAGGGUAGACCAGCACUCCAGAUCCGCAGGCCUGAGCCACACAGGAGCCUGCAGUCAGGGCAGGAGCAGAUCCACCUCUCACAGAGCUUCUGCUUUAUCCAGAACGAAUUUUACACUGUAACAAUCCUGGUCUCAGCCCCACUUGUCUUGCACAUCUGACCUUGCAGAAGCCAGAGUGGAUGGCAGCAUGCUAAUUAAGAGAAUCGGAAGUAGUAUCCAAAGCUGGCUCCUCAUUUCGUUACAGUCCACUAAGCAGCCCUGCUGCUCUCCGUAGCACAGGUCAGGGAAAAUGCCCGGGAAGGCUGUGGCCAGAGGAAGCAGCAGAUGGGCAGAGGUUUCCAAACUACUUGAAAGUCUUUAAAAAAAAAAAAGUUCCAGGAAAGCAAAAAUCAAGAUGUGUAAAUAAAAUGUUAUUUUAAAAGGUCAAA